AGAUCAGGUGAAGGUAGAGAUAUAGCUGCGAGGGCGACUCGAUGCGACAAAUGCGGCGAAUGCGCCGAAUGCGCCGAAUGCGACGUAGGCAACGUCAUGCGCCCUGAGAUGGACCGCAACCCUCUGGCUCGGCUCGGCUCGGCUCGGCUCCGCUUGACGAGGCGGCGAGGCGCGGGGACGGCGGCCGUAGAGGGCAUGGAAGCUGGUGGACGGAACCAGGGGGUGAAGCGAGGGCGCGAGGUGUUCUUCGGUGAUCGCGGUGGUCGCAGUGCGCGGGCGUGGGCGCGCGCGCUUUGGCACCCGCUCGGCUCGCGAUCCGUGUGCUCGAGGGAGCGCAGAGGAACGGCGGUUACGGAGGUACUACGGAGGUACAGAGGUACAGAGGUACGGAGGUACGGUGGCAACGGAGGCACGGUGGCAACGGAGGCACGGAGGCACGCACGCUCGUCGCUGCUGCUGCGAAGGAGGGAGUCACAGUGGAACCAAUUUGUGCAGUGUUGCUUGCCACACGUCCGAGGUAUAGCCACUUGCCGUUUCUACGAACGUUGUUUCCGUUGUCGCGUUCCCGUCGUCGUCGUCGUCGUCGUCGUCGUCGUCGUCGUCAGCGUCGUCAGCGUCGUCAACGUCGUCGUCAGUCGGUGCUUCAUCAUUCUCGUUUUCUCUGUGAACGAAAAACCGCCCCCGCUCGUACGAAACCGUAGAACCGUUGCUCCUCCGGAACGGCCUUUUCUUCCCUUCGUCUUCGUCACGGCCGGUGACGUAUCUCUCUCUCCCGCGGUGCAAAACCAAACACCCCGCAAGAAUCGAUCAACCGGAGAGAGAACGAAAAAAUAAAAAAAAAGAAAGAAUCGAAAAAAAAAGAAGGGUACUGCUCUCUCGUGGGUGUCCCCCGAGAUCACGGUAGUAGCCCCGGUGUGCUUUCUUCGCCGAGAAUCAUUCUCUAGUCCGCGCGUCGCAUGUCCUUACGCACACGCGAUCGACAACGAAGUUUAAUGCUGGAAUCGCCACGCGAUUCGGGAACGAACUCGCGGUCGACAGUACGCGCGAAGCCGAAGCCGAGAUCGAGGCCUAAGCCGAAGUCGAAGUCGAGGUCGAAGAAAAAAUCGAGCCCCAACCUGGAACCGGAAGCCGGACUACUGGGACUGCAGCAGCGUUCUCGCCGCUGCACGAGCCGUGAACGGGAUUGGCAGUGCGUGUAACACGGGCCCACGAGAAUUACCGUCCCGUUCGGCCACCUUUGGACACCUCUUCGAUUCCUACGAACAGAGAGAGGGAAUAGUGGCUGUUUCGAGUACCCCGGGUGGUGGUGGUUGGUGGUGGUGGUGAAACAAGUCCGGAACGAGCGGCGGAUUCGAAGGCAAUAAUCAUCGUCGUCGUCGUCGCGCCUCUCCUCUGACCUCCCUCUCCCCCGUCCGCCAGCCCGCUCCCGCCGACGAGCGAAAUUAAUAAGAACGAGGAGAGGAAAAAAGAAAAAAAAAGAAGGAAACGGCAUACACACACGUACGCAUAUAUACACACGCCUGGAACGACAGAGAGAUAACGAAGUAAUAUAUAUAUAUUAUAUAUGUAUAUAUAUCUAUAUGUACGUGUAUAUGGACGCACGUAUAUGCAUACAUAUAUAUGUAUAUCUUUCCGUACGUCGAAUUGAAUAGCAAUCGCAUCACAUAUCGAAAUACUCAUAUCGACCACGCCGUUCGUUUCUACGUAAUGUACAGAACGACACGUUGCUUUUAAAACGAGUGGAGUUCCGUGCUCCGGUUUCCGCGCAGUGUAGUGAUCGAGCCGACUUGUGCGAAACAGGUCACUAAAACACGUCCCGCCGCCUCUACCUUUACCAGAAUAGUCGCGUGCGGACUUGUUACCCCCUCCCUUCCUCCCUCGCCUCCUCCGCCCCCCCUUCCCCGUUUGUUCUUUACUCUGUGGUGCCUAAAUAACUUAAGUAAAGAGAGAGAAACGAAAAAAAUAAUCGCUAAAAAAAACGAAAAUAUUUAAAAGAGAGGAAAAUUAGUGCCUAUAUAUAAACGUACGCGCAAUAACGAAUAUAUCAGAACCGUUCGAGAACGACUCUUCUUCCUUCUCUUUCAUUUUUUGGGGGGCGAAUCGGUGGCCGACCGAUUUCGACGCACCGGAUCGAGGCUGCAUCACGUAUACGUACAUACGUGCACACACACGUAGCACGGAAGCGCGCGCGCGCGCGCAUACGCGUACACACAAAUCUGUACGAUCUAUACGGAAUCUUAGCGAUCCACGGCUCGCUCCGAAUGGUCCGAUGCUUGUUCGUUACUUCGCAGUCCGAUCGCCAUCCGAUUCGCGCUAGAACAACCCUUCUUCCGAGUAGUUCUCGCUUCCUUGGGAACAGCUGAAAGCCUCUCGCGUCCUCGUCCCACCUCGUCUCGACUCACACACACACAUACACACAGAGAACACAGAGAGACACGCAUAGUUACACGCGCACACACGCACACGCACACACCGUACAAUGUCCCGUUUAAUGUUGUGCAAUCUUGGUAAUACGUCCACGGCUGGAAAUGAUACGAAUAACAACGCGAAUACAAACAGUAGUAUGGAAGACGACGACUAUUAUUCGCUGCCUACGAUUUAUCGCUGCCGUGCACCUAUAGCGAGUCUGGAUUGCAUGGAAGAAUUCAACGGUGGUAGCGGUGGCGGCGGCGGCGGCGGUGGCGGCGGCGGUGUGGAUUCUGGCGUGCACUGCAGCAAUACCGCUGGAACGAAGGAACAGCUACUGACUAACUGCAUUGCCGCACAAGCGCAACGCUUACAGCAUCCUUCGCCAGGUAUUCGCUACCGCAACUUGGGCAAAAGCGGUCUACGUGUUUCCAAUGUUGGAUUAGGUACGUGGACGACUUUCGGUAUUGGAGGAUGUAGUAGCGAGGAAGCUGCAGAGGCAGUGGUCGCGCUCGCUUAUGACAGCGGCAUAAACGUGUUCGACUUGAGCGAAGCGCAUAGCGGGCACAGAGCGGAAAUCCAGUUCGGUCGGAUUUUGUUGCGACGCGCUUGGAAUCGCUCGAGCUACGUCGUCACUACCAAAAUCUACUGGAACACUAAGGCAGAGGGUCGUGGAUUAUCGCGCAAACACAUCAUUGAAUCGGUGCAGGCGUCUCUGGUCAGAUUGCAGCUCUCCUAUAUCGAUAUAGUAAUGAUUCACAAGGUUGAUCCGAUGUGUCCGAUGGAAGAGAUAGUGCGAGCGAUGAAUUACGUGAUCACCAAGGGAUGGGUGAUGUAUUGGGGAACGUCUCGCUGGACCCCGGUGGAGAUCAUGGAGGCAUAUACGAAUUGUCGUCAAUUCAACUGUGUUACACCGAUUGUGGAGCAAGCCGAAUAUCAUUUAUUUUAUAGGGAAAAACCAGAACUUUAUAUGCCGGAGUUGUACAACAAAAUAGGCGUCGGUCUGAUGGCAUGGUCCACGGUCACGAUCGGUAUGGUUUCCACGAAACCGGAGGAUUACGGGGUGUCGUUUUUAUCGCGGUCGUCUUACAAGAAUAAGUAUUCCUCGUUCAGCUGGACAGAGGACGAGACGCAAUCCUUGUACAAAGACCAGGAAUACGGCUGGAAGGAUAAGACCGUCGAGGAGGAAACACGAAAGUAUUCGGACAAACUGCGGGACGUCUGCGCUCUUGCCGAACGUCUCGGAUGUUCGUUCGGACAGCUGGCCAUCGCGUGGUCUUUAAAGAAUGAAAGUGUUCAGUGCCUUCUUCUCGGUGCAUCAAACAUAGAUCAAUUGUACGAGAGUCUUCAGAGUUUACAGCUGAUCCCAAAACUGAAUGCGAACAUAAUGAACGAGAUCGAGAGAAUACUCGACAACAAACCGUCCCGACCACCGAUGAUCUCGACCCUGGCGCUUAGAUGACAAUCAUUUUGCCCUCACGGUAGCGGUGGGGGCUCACUAGAGGACGGCGGUAGCCCGAAGAGCGAGGGCGCGAACAGCCAGGAUCAAGAACAGACCAAGGAACUAACCGGCAAACUACCCUUCUGCGAGAUCCAAUGAACGAGCAGAGUGUGAAGAACAAUGGUUUGCGUCGUACCAAUCCGUGCGGACACGCAAUUAGAAAACUUGGUCGAACGAAUUUUUGACUUUCGAGGCUGGCCGACACCGAGGCGAAACCAGGAACAAAACUGAGAAAGAUGGGAUAAACGGAAAAUCGAACUCGAGCUCUCGGGCUCGAGAAAUCGGUAUCGAGAUCGACUAAAACAACAAGGCUAAGCUAGGACGAAACAAAGAGAAACAAAUUUUUCCAUUAAGAAAAAAAAAAGAAGAAAAACAACCCCCCGCUGCAUGUUGUUCAGGCGUUACAGCCGCGCGGGCGCGCGAGCGUUUUCGCAUAAAUGAAUAUCGACGACAAUACUUAUGGUUACGGUUAUGAUUACAGUUACGGUUACGAAUUGCAAUUAGAACGACUGCGACGGUCACACCGCGACAACCAAUUUACUGCGACUACAGAGUUCGGACUGCGACUGCGACCCCUACGACGACUGAAACCGGUACAAGUAAGGACUUAACUACUAAACAGUUAUGAUUACGAUUACGAUCGCGGUUGCGCGCGAUCGUAAGCGGGAUUCGCUUAAUCGGUGAUUCGAACGCGAGGUCGUCCGAUGGUGGGGAGACGAGAACAGAGAGAGAGAGAGAGAGAGAGAGAGAGAGAGAGAAAGAGAGAGAGAGAGAAAGAGAGAGGCGAGAAACAAUUCCGGAUCCGACAUACGCGUUGCAACGCAGCCGUGCGACGUUUUGUUUUCAUUCCGCGAGAUGUAAACACGAGAACGUGGUGAUUCUUCGCUUUGCGAGAGGAAAGAAAACCCUAUAGACGAGGAACCAAGAUUUUUUACGAGGCUGCGAGUUGAAUAUUUAUUCGUAAUUCAAUACGCAAAGUGUUCAUUAAAGCUAACUAAAUAGUAUGAUUGUAGAGUAGGGAACGGUCACGCCGCAGGUACUGUUUUCCGCUCAAAAAUGAUAAAAAAAAGAAAAGAGGAGGAGAAAAGAGAAGCACGACACAUUACACACACACACACGCACAAUACAUUGCACACGUACAUACAACGCAUUAUACACGCGCGCGCUCGCACACACGACGCAACUACAUUACACACGCGCAACACAACACAUUACACGCACGGAGAGAGAAAGAGAGAGAGAGAGGGAGAGAGAGAGAGAGAGAGAGAGAGAGAGAGAGAGAGAAUAAGAGUUCGUUUUGCCACUCCGCGCAGUUUUACAAAUUCUUCCGCUCAAGAAAAGACGAAUUUAUUCCGUGCAUGCAGAUCGUACGCCAGCAAUAAUAAUGUUCGAAGCGGUCGGUGACCUUUUGUAAAUCUUGAGCGAACAAAGCAGCACGGGUGGACGUUUCCCGUCGAGACACACGACUAAAACGUAUUUCGCUUCGGAGCUGACACGGUCGCAGGAGGAGAAGAACAAAAAAACACUUCACUUUAGAGUUUUAUCGUAAAUUUAAUUCGAACGUUUACCGCCGCUCUGCCAUUUCGAAUCGAUGAAAAAAAUAUUCUAUCAGUCCUUUUCCUCUGUACAUAACGAGUAUAUCGUAGCUCUCUUGCCAUACCGUUCGUUAUCGGAGACAGAAGAAAAUAAUAAUAAUAAUAAUAAUAAUAAUAAUAA